AUGUUUGAAACUACAAUAUGUACCACCCCGAACCCUUACCACGAUCGUACCGCACCGCACCGCUCCGCUCCGCAGUUCGAGCAGAACGUUUCCGCCGAGAAGAUCCAGGCGGCGAGGGGGCUCGCGGAUGGGCUCAAGAGAGUCGACGCACCAGGGCCUUCUGCAGCGGCGGUUGGGGGCCCCGGGCCGGCGGCAUCUUUAUCCAGCAUGUCCGCCCUCGUGUCGGCGCUGGAACGACUGGCGGAGGCGUACAUCGACCCGGCCAUGGUGGGUGGUACAGCAGUAAACACCACCAAGUUCCACGACAAGAAGACGGGCGGGAUCACUUUCGCCGAAGCCGUGCCCAAGGGCAAGCCCACGCUAGACCGCUGCCUGCGCGAUCGAGGCUCGGGUCUGGCGGCAGGCUCUCGGGGUAGAGGGAGCAGCGAGAGCAGCGGCGGUGGGAGAGUUAUGUCGGGGGUCGUGACGAGGCCCCCGGCGGUGAGGGCGGACGCGGACUAUCGGAGAACGCCUACGAUAGCGGGCUUCCAGAACUCCUUUUCCAUCACCGACAGCAUGCGGGUGGUGUUCGCGACGGUGAACACUUUCCUGAGGGAAGACCCCGCCGCCCGCAAGCGUCGGCUGCGUGUCUUCACGCACACGAUUGUGCCCCUCUCGCCGAACUCGGGAGUGCUGGAGUGGGUGGAGGACACGAUGCCCUACGGGUCCUACCUCACCGAUCGGGACUCGGGCAGGGCGGGCGCGCACCGGCGCUACUUCCCGAAGGACUGGGAUGCGAGGUCAAUGGUGUUUGCGACGGUGAACACUUUCCUGAGGGAAGACCCCGCCGCCCGCAAGCGUCGGCUGCGUGUCUUCACGCACACGAUUGUGCCCCUCUCGCCGAACUCGGGAGUGCUGGAGUGGGUGGAGGACACGAUGCCCUACGGGUCCUACCUCACCGAUCGGGACUCGGGCAGGGCGGGCGCGCACCGGCGCUACUUCCCGAAGGACUGGCUCCAUGCCAAGUGCCGGACACACCUCAAGAACGCGGUGGACAAGCGCAAGGGGUACAAGGAGGUCGAGGACAACUUCCACCCUGCCUUCCGCUUCUUCUUCCUCGAGAACUUUCCGGAGCCGUUCGCAUGGUACAACAGCAGGCUCACCUUCACCAGGAGCGCGGCGGUGAGCUCGAUCGUCGGCUACGUCCUCGGCAUCGGCGACCGGCACGCGCACAACAUCCUGGUGCACCAGCGCACCGCCGAGGUGGUCCACAUCGACUUUGGCGUCACCUUUGAACAGGGCAAGGCGCUGUCCACGCCAGAGACGGUGCCGUUCCGCCUCACCCGCGACGUCGUCGACGGCAUGGGCGUCACCGGCACGGAGGGCGCGUUCCGACGGGCUUGCGACGCCGCCAUGCGCGUGCUCCGCUCCGACGCCCCUAGCGUCCUCACCAUCCUCGAGGAGGAGAAGGCCGGCGGCGGCGGGGCGGCGGCGGAGGCGGCAGCGGCAGCGAUGGUGGCGGUGGCGGGGGAUGACGCCGGGGUCGGCGGGGACGCUGCCCAGCGGGCGCUGGCGAGGAUCAAACACAAGCUGCAGGGGUACGUGGACCCGAACGGGGACGCGAUGAGCGUGGAGGGGCAGGUGAAGCUGCUCAUCAACCAGGCGAGGGAUCCGGAGAACUUGUGCAAGCUCUACGUAGGCUGGGCGCCGUGGCUGUGAUUUUCUUUUCUUCUUUUGUUGGGGCGUGCGGUGCGUUGUGUUCUCUUGAGAUUGUUUUCAUGGGUUUCGGCGAUUUUGGGAUGACGGUGUCGGUGACUUGUGAUGAGAUCGUUGAGUUUGGUGUCGCCUUGAAAGCGGGGCUGGUGAAGUCAGGACUUCCUACCGGUGCUGCCUAUACAGUAUAUUUACAUAGUUGGAGAUUGUUAACCAGCCGCGUCGAAGAACGACACGCCCCUUUUUCUCCCACCUCUUGCUCCGGAAUUUAGAGGAAAGCGGCGUUGUGCUUUGCGGACUUAUCCUGGUUGGUCUAGUCUAGUCUCUGUUCAGGAUGUUGCUGGUCCGCCAGCAUUUCGGUACUUGUUGUUUGUGUUAACGGGCGGUGUUAGGCGAGUGUUGCUUUGUAGCGUAGGCGUGCGUCUGAGCGUAGCGAGUGAGUGUCGUUGUUGUUGCGUGGCGACGAGGAUGGCGGUGGUGGGGCCGUGAGUGUGGAUGCUCGGCGACAGUGGCGAUGCGGCGUUUCUUCUUGGUUCGGUCGCUGCGGCACCCAAACAAAACUACUUUAUUGUCAUCGUGCGUCUCGUUCGCUCCAUUUGUUCUGGACAUCUGACGUCUGUUCACCUUUUGGUGUGAUUCCCGUAGAGACACGAGCCAGCUUGACGUUGGAGGCAGAAGGCCGCACCAGAAACCUUGUCGUUUUUCUGCCCCUCCCCUCUGCGGUACUUGUCUUCUUUGUAUAUUUCGCGAGCGGUUCAGUUGCACACUAGACUGCGUUUCCUCCGUGUCUUCCGUUCAUCAGUU